AAUGAUAUGGAAUGUGUACAGCUGCCAGCAGAGACACUGCGACAAGUGACCAUCCACCGAGACCCUAUAUAUGGCUCUGGCUUCGUAGCCAGCAGUGAGAGGCCUGGUGGUGGUACUAUCUGUGAGGCCAGGAGGCCCCUCUGAGGACAAGCUCCUGGCUGGUGGGCCGGUGACCAGAUUGUGGCUAUUAAUGAGGAAGACAUGCGUGAAGCCCCCAGGGAGAGGUUCAUAGGACUCAUCAGGAGUGCUAAGGAAUCCAUCGUUCUUACAGUUCUGCACACUCAUCAGUCUCCCAAAUCUGCCUUCAUCAGUGCUGCAAAGAAGGCCAAGCUGAGGUCCAAUCCUGCAAAGGUCCGAUUUUCUGAGCAGGUGGCAGUUGGAGAAACAGAUGCAAAAAUGAUGAAGAAGGAAUCUCUCCUCCUCAUCCCCAAUGUCCUGAAGGUUUUUCUAGAAAAUGGGCAGAUCAAGUCAUUCACAUUUGAUGGCCGGACCACUGUUAAGGAUGUGAUGGUGACCUUACAGGACCGUCUCUCCCUGAGAUACAUUGAGCAUUUUGCUCUUGUCCUUGAGUAUACUGGGCCGGAACAGAAUCACAAGUUCCUGAUUCUUCAGGACAAGCAGCCCCUGGCUUAUGUGGUACAGCGGACACACUAUCAUGGAAUGAAAUGCCUCUUCCGAAUAAGCUUCUUUCCCAAAGACCCCGUGGAGCUGCUGCAUCGGGAUCCUGCUGCUUUCGAGUACCUAUACAUCCAGAGUCGUAAUGAUGUUAUCCGAGAACGCUUUGGAAUGGACCCCAAGCCAGAGAUGCUUUUGGACCUUGCUGCCCUCCACAUCUAUAUCACUGUCUCAGCUACUCGGCCUAAUCAGAAGAUCACACUCAAGAACGUGGAGAAGGAGUGGGGCCUGGAACCCUUUCUUCCCCCCUCCCUCCUGCAGGGCAUCAAAGAGAAGAACCUUCGGAAGUCACUCUCUCAACAACUGAAGGCCCACCAAAUGCAUCCUUCUAGCGGCACCAAGGGUUCUGCAGUUCAAGCAAAGCUCCAGUACCUUCGAAUUCUGAAUGAACUCCCGACCUUCACUGGUGUUUUAUUCAACACUGUAGGACUGGAUGAGAAGCAGUCAGCCACCACUCUCCUGGUGGGACCCCGUCACGGCAUCAGCCAUGUUAUUGACCUCAAGACCAACCUCACCACUGUGCUGUCCGAGUUCAGCAAGAUCAGCAAGAUCCAGCUGUUCCGGGAGAACCAGGGCGUGGCCCGAGUGGAGACCAGCAUUAUGGAUGCCAAGCCCCUGGUGCUGUUGAUGGAGUGGCCUGAAGCCACCAACUUUGCCUGCCUGAUUGCGGGGUACUGCCGCCUUCUGCUGGAUUCCAGGAAGAUGGUCUUCGCCAGGCCUGCCAACCAGCCUCUCCCACUUCCUACGGUAAAGGCAGAUCACAUGCACAGCGCCCACCGCCCUGUCACUGGGGGUCACCUGGGGAAAAAGGAGAGUAGUUAUGUGGGCAGCGUGGGCACCAGCCCUAGGAAGUCAAGCCGAUGCACGACCCCACCUGCCGACCCUGAGCUUGUCAGCUUCUGCUACCUCCACAUGCGGGAACAAAGGAAGGAGCAAGAAAGCAGGACAGAUGUCAACGAGAACCUAAUCUUCUUUGAAGAAACCAGACCCCGGACCAAAUCGGACCCCACAUCCAAAAGCUCUGGCCAAGGUUAUGAGAUGGUUCCUGAUGCCUUCGAUGCAGCCAGCCUAGACCAUGAGCCUUGUGCCAGCAGGGCCCGGUCCUACACUUUGGACAAUUCCCUUGGGGCUGAAGCCCUGAAUUUCUACUGUGACUCUUGCAAAGUCAAACUCCAGGAGCAGCUGGGGCCUCGAAAAGGUGGGAGGCCUGGAUCCUCUAGGGACAAUAUGGUAGACUUAAUGUCCCUCCCACCACCAGGAAGUGAGGAAGAGGAGGAAGAGGAAGAUGAGACAACUUCUCUGUUGCCUGCCAUUGCAGCUCCACCCCCUGGUUUCCGAGACAACAGCUCUGAUGAGGAUGAUCCCAAGCGCAGAGCUGUUCAAAGUCAGGAGCAAGGACGUCACCUGCGGGGGCUCCUGUAUGAUGAGAUUCCAGUGACGCUGAUUGACAGUGUACAGACCCGGACAGUACGAGAUCAUGCCCAGGAGCUGGAUGAUGCGCUGGUGUCUACUCUGCAGGCUCUAGAAGCCCUGGCUGCUUCAGAGGAUGGACCUCAUCCUCCACCCCCACAGACUGCAGGUCUGAUUGUGCUGGCCACAAUCACUCCUGAGUCAUCGCUGGACUCGGGCCAUGAAACCAACUCUUCAGAGCUCACAGAUAUGUCCGAGAUGAUGUCGGCCAUGAAGCAGCACCAGAACGCCACCUACUUCCUGGCCCAGCACCUCAACAAGGACAGCCUCCUUGCCCGAAAGGACCUGCCCUUCAGAAUCCAGAGUUGCUCAGCUCAGGCUGUUCUCACCGCCCCUUAUGCCCUUGGGCCCCCAGAUCCCAACCCAUCCCUCCAGCCAGCUGUCACUGGCCAGAGUCCUGGCCCCCCUGGUGCCCGGAGAAAGCUGCCUCAGUCAGAAGCCCAGGUGCAGGGAGAGAGAACAUACUCCCUGGCUGUGCACCCAGCACUGUCCCCACAACUUAGUGAGCAGAAGAAACUGAGCCUGCUUCCCCCAGUUCCUGAGGACAAAGGGCCAGGCCACACUAGGGCAGGCCUAGAGAUGUCACUGAGGGCAGCCACACCAUCCCUCGGUGAAGAGCAGGUCUCAGAGCUAAGGGAAAACUUGCCCAAGGAAGUCAGGUUAAGCCCUAAGCUUAUUCUGGACCCCAAAGGCAAUGUGACCCCAGCCAUCAUCUCGGCUACCCUACAGCAGGUAGUACACAGUAAGAAUCUAGCCACUCCUGGCACAGCCUUGGCAACACCCUCCAACAGGGGGGAGAGAAGGCUAGAGGCUGGCAUGGGGAGGCCUGAGGUCACCAUGGGCAGGCCGGAAGUUAGCCUGAUGAGCAGCAAUGCCAACAAGAAUCUGAAGUUUAAAAUGAACGCUGGUGCCCUGGAGACCACACGGAAUUCUCAGCAGCAGCUGGGCACAGAGGUCUCUGCCAGCCCCAGAGCGUCCACAAGCAGUCGGGCUGACAACCUCCACCUUUCCCUACAAGAGGACAGGUUUCCUGUUCAAAGUUUCCCUCCUAAGAGCUAUCUAUCCAGAGCAAGUCGAGACUCGGUGGGCAAGCAAGCUACCGGGGAGGUAGCAGGCAAGCUUGGACCAGAGGGUGCUAAGCCUCCCCCUAACAAACAGAGCACAGUCUCUGGCCUUGGGGAGAAAGGGCAGCUGGAAAGCAUAACCAAAAGCAGCAAGUUUGAGGAGACCAGCCUGGUCCCCCGGGCUGGCUAUCCCAUGGCUCUGCAGAGCCCAAGCUGCCAGGCUCGAAGCCACAGCCCUAGCUGCCAGGCUCGAAGCCACAGUCCCAGCAGCCUGUCCCGUGGCCCCAGCCCCAGCUAUCAUCCUAGAGGCCAAAGCCCACUGAGGCCUCUGGCCACCGGCCGUCAGGUCAGCACCAUGCCCUCUAGGAAACUUGAAACAACCCUGGAUGGAGCCCACGUGGCCUCUGAAGGCCCCACAAAGCCCAAGUCAUCCCGAGGGCCUUUCCGACUGCGCAACUUAUUCUCUGCCACCUUCCCUACCCGCCAGAAGAAAGAAACAGAUGAGCGACAGGCCCAGCUGCAGAAGGUAAAGCAGUAUGAAUUGGAGUUCCUUGAAGAACUUCUAAAACCACCAAGCCAGGGGGAGCUUCCAGGCACAGAGUACCUGCAACCUCCAGCACCUGGCCGCUGCAGCUGCCAGCUGCGCAGUAGCCCUGUGCAACAGGGACCUGGCAUGUCUCGUGAACAGAGACGCAGCUGUGACUGUAAACGCAUCUGCCGAGGAGGACGGCCUCAAGCUGCCCAGAUCCCAGUGCCUGCUGGCCUUCGGGAGAGGGAGAGGGUCCUGCCUACCCAGAGGCAGCCAGAGGCUGGCCCAGGCUUGAGCCUUGGUAGUCCCAUCAAUGCCCAGCACAUCCGUUCUACCAGUCUGGAGUCCCGUGAGUGCCGGUCAGACCCUGAGAGUGGUGUUUCUUGCCUGAGCACCUGUGCCUCCGGGGGUGAGUGUUUGGGAGACCCCAACUACAGGAAACUGAUGCGCCACUACAGUAUCAGUGAGCUGGACCAGGGUGACAGGGCCUCCCUGACCUCAGAUGUCUACCCGCACCCACCCUUGGGAAUGCUGCCUAGAGAGGUCAAGGAGAUAGAUACCGGCCUCCCGCUAGCCUUGGGUCCAAAAGGCAAGUGUGCAGAGUCACCAACUCUUGGAGAGCCCUCCUACGUCCAAGUGGCCCCUGAGAGCAAAGGCCCCAGGCAGAUGGCUGUGUUUUCACUGCCAGAGGAGGUAUACCGCAGGCCAGCCGAUCUAGACGAGGACAGUGAAACCAGCAAGUGCUGUUCUAUCCGCUACUGCUUCUAUUACCGCAAGUGCGACAUGGCAGACGAUGCCAGCGACGGCAAGGACGAACUCUCCUAUUCCAUUCCCAUGAAGAUUCUGCCUGGCAUGCAGUUGGAUGAACAGGUGGUGCCUGUGGUUAGCAGAACCCUGCAGGUCCUGGAUGCCGCCACCUGCAGCAGCAGCCCCGAGGCCUCCCACACCCAGGAAAUCGACCUUCGGGUUUCCACCUUUGAGGGGAGCCUGGCUAAAAUCAAUGCGCUACGGGCUCACGCCUAUGGCCUCCCUGACGGCUUCCUGGCAGCCCGCCUGGACACCAAUGAGCUGCUGACAGUCUUGCGGCAGUGUGUGGCCAGCCCCGAGGCACGUGCCCCCAAGCCCUAUGUCUCUCAGAUUUCUGAGUACAAGGUUGAGCUAGCUCUCAAGUUCAAGGAGCUCCGGGCCUCCUGCCGCCGAGUAGCCAAUGUGGACAAGAGCCCCACUCACAUGCUGGCGGCCAUCACAGGCAGCUUCCAGGUGCUGAGCAGCCUCAUUGAGACUUUUGUGCGGCUGGUGUUCAUCGUGCGCUCGGAGGCCCAGCGCCAGGAGCUGCUGGCCAAAGUAGAAGAGGUCGUGAGGAAUUACACCUUCCUGCUGCGUGCAGCUGAGGAGUCCACAGCCAGGAACCUUAGCCAGCAGCAGCAGCAGCAGCAACAACAACAACAACAGCAACAGCAACAACAGCAGCAGCAGCAGCCAUCGCUGCCACCACUGUCGCUGCCAGCAGCCACAGGGCACCCCCCAGGCUCCCCAUCAUCGCCUGUUAUGAGCACAUUCACACACUCCUUUAAAACCUUUAUUAAGUAG